AUGGAUGUCCUGUUUAGGAAGCGUGGGCCCUUGGCGGAUGAGCCACAGUCAAAACAGCAACGCCCUCGUCGAGAAGAAACGAGUGCAUUCCCCUGUGGCGAGCCGGGCCAAGGGCUAGACAGCGAGAAACGCAGCACGCAUGAAACAUUGCUGAUCUCUGGCCUGACAUUUGUGUCCUUCCUGAGCCCUCUCCAUGGGGAAAGGGACACCGACCCAAGCCUCGCCAAGAGUCUCACAUGGAUCACGAGGAUUGUUCGUCAGCGAGGCACCAGCCAGAGACAACAUUCUUCCCCCUUGCUCAUCGCAAAAGAAUGCAUGCUGUCAGCUGGGCCUGGAGCUGCCCGAAUCGAGCCCUUCACCCGACCCCGGUUCUCGCACGAGACCCACCGCACACCCGCACAAAACCAAGUUCUCCCUCCACAGAUUCGUGAGAAGCGCUCCAUGCCUCAUUCCGCCAAGCGGCAUGUGGGGAAGCCAAUCAGCGCGGUUCACUUUCAUCGCCGAGCCCGCGACCACACGUGUGAACUCCCGCCGUCGCAACCCGGACCCAGUUUGCCAGUCCCAGUCCAGCGUCAGGGGUUGACGACGGAGGCGAUGAUCGGUCAGGAACUGACGCUGCUCUCGCCGCCGCCUUCUCACCUUGAAAACACCCCUGGUCAAACUGCUCCUGAUGGGAUCGGCGGGACGGAGCAGGAUGGUCGAUAG